AUGCCGCAUGUCAUCUCUCAAAUAUCCAGGAUGGCCCACAAUCUGCGUCCUUCAAGUCUACCUGCAGACAAAGAUAGCUCUUUGAGUACGUCUCGAGUGACAGUGAAGACACCAGACAGUGAGAAAGACUUUGUAAUAACUGAUGACACCUCGGUGAGGCAGUUCAAGGAGAAGCUAUCGGCUCACUUCAAAUGCAAAAUGGAUCAACUAGUGCUGGUCUUCAUGGGUCGUCUUUUGAGAGACCAUGACACAUUGAGCCAGAGGGGUGUCUUGAAUGGCCACACCAUCCACUUGGUCAUCAAGACUAAACAGGGCUCCAGAUUCAAAGCCCAUUCCUCCCAGAACUUGCCAACUAAUGAGCCUUGCCACCAGGACAGAAACAACAGAAUCACCAAAGGAAACAAAAGUGGAGUAUAUCAACCGACUGGUCCCACUCCAGUGAGACCAUCUGGUUAUAUGGAAUCCAAUAUGUCCAAGGCAUCGAGCCAAGACCUAAAAAUGGGUAGUCAAGAGCAUGUAGCACCAAUGCUAGAGAAUCCUAUCAUCCAGUGGCUUCUGUCCAACAGGGACUUCAUUGACCAGUUGAUUGCAGAACAUCCAGAGAUGCAGCAGUUGAUGCAGCAGGACCCAGAGAUUUCACACAUCCUUGACAAUUUUGCAAUAUUACGUCAGACUCUAAAGCUGGCCAAAAAAUUUGCCAAGAUUCAAGAUACAGUGCAUGUCUGUCAACCUGCAGAGAAUCUUGAGCAACCUCACUACCCACAAUCACACUUGGGUUUAGAGAAAAUCUCUAGUGGGAAAAAUGCUGUAGGUCAGAGCUAUCCUGAUUUCAAUGAUCACAUGUUGAAUAGCUUAAAGGAUUCAACGGUGAGCAAUGCCCUCAUAGCUUUUCUGCGAAGACAGAUGUCAGAGGUUCAGUUCUCAUCCUCAUCUGCACCAUCAUCCCAGGAACAGCGACAACAGCUCCCACAGAUCCCUAAAGUCCAAACUAUUUAUACUAAUUCUCGUGACUUAUCUUCAAUUUCAUCAACUAGUGAUGACCAAAACGGACCAAGACAUACUUCUGGGGCCAAUAUAUCAACUAUACACACCAAGGACAGAAGCCAUACUUGUGCUAUUCAAGAGUCAGCUGGGGUCUUACCUAGCAUAGAAAUCUCUCACCACCCACAGACACCUUUCAGCAUGAUAGGUAGAUCUAACAAGAUAUCAAAAGAUGAUCAGCAGUCAUCAGGUAAUUACACCCAAUCCAAGAUCACAGAAAGCAUGAUGCAGAUGUUUUUGGAUAAUCCUAAUCUGGCAAUUCAGAUGAUGCUAUUCAUGAAUAUACCCCAGCUGAAUAAGCAAAACUUGGCCACCCUUUUGCUGCAGACACAGAUUUAUGAUAUGCUUCUAUCCCUGACCAACCCCAAAACAUCACAAGCCAUACUACAAAUUGAACAGGGUCUGCAGCUAUUGGCCACAGAGGCUCCUGUUCUUCUAACUUGCAUUGCACCGUAUCUAUGGGGCCUGGGUUGGCUUCCUGCUCCCAACUUCACAUCCUCUGAUGCAGGGCGCUGGGCCUGUAAUGUGCCAGAAAUUUCUGAAAUCAAAGAGCCUGAGUGCUGCCACAAAUAUGAAAACAUUUUCCAGAGGCUGCAGUCUCUAAUUGGUGACUCUUCUCAAUCUCUACAUGCCUCUGAGAUUCAAUUCAGCAAGCAAAUGGAAUCUCUUCAAGCUAUGGGGUUUGGGAACCAUCAAGCUAAUCUGCAGGCACUCAUUGCCACAAAGGGGGACACAUUUGCUGCUAUCCGCAAGCUCAGGAGAUCCCAGGGGUUCUAA